UGCCAGGGGCUCCUCAGGGGCCGGGCGCUGGCCGGGCGUCGGGAGCCUCUCCCCGGCGACGGCCGUCGGGCUGCGGACUGCCGCUCCGCCCUGUGAGCGCGUCCCGGUGCUCCCUGGAGACCCUUCCUGCUUCGCACGGGAUUUGCUUGCUCCUGGCUGCAGGCGAGCAGCUGCGCGCUUGCCUCUGGGGGGGAAAGGCCAAACAAAGGCCCAGAACAAGGCCAAAAUGAAGGAAGGAGGCAGAGGCAGUUGUGUUUAAAGGGCAGGCUGCGGAGCGCCGUGCGCGGCACCGGCUGCCGCCCAGCCCGGGGACGAAGCGAGGCAAGGAGAGAGGCAGCCCUGCUCCGGGGCAGGCGGCCGGCCGCGGGGUGCGAUCCCUGAAUCGCCUCAGUGACUCUCCGAACAGCCCGGAGCGGCUUACGGCUGAGUUGAGACUGGAGGCUGUUGUAAUCCUGGCUGAGCAAAGCGGCCCAGGGGCUGUUGAGGGCAAGAAGAAACCAGCCAUGGCUGCCGUCGUCUUGUGCCCUGUUCGAUAAAGCUCCCAAGUGCCGUAACUGCAGAGCCUCUGUCUCCUGGCAGGAGUUUGGAAGGAACAGCAGUGUCUGAGAGGAAGAGCAAAGAGAGGCAGCGAUGGAAACUGAUGGACCCCUGCACCUUCCACAGUGAGCCUGGGCACGCCUUGCUCCUGGCAGCUGCCAUGUCCAGAAGAGAGAAGAAUUCGGUGCUGGGCUGUCCUGAACAUUCCUCAUGGUGCAGCUGCAGAGCACAGCUGGCUUUGCCUGACCUGAAGAGAAGGCAGAUGUGCAGUGAGCCAGCAGGACAUGGGCUUGCAGUGCAGCUGGGAGCAUGAUCAGGUCCCGGCUCCAUGGCACCCCGCUGAAGCGUGCGGUACCCACUCCCUAGGCACCAGCCCAGCGCAUCUCCUUGAUGCACACCCACGGCAUCAUGGCCAGCACUCAGGAGCACCUGAGCCUGUCUUCCUCGCCCAGCUCCCUCAGCAAAGCCUUCUGCCGAGACAAAGACUCGAGCGGGUUCCAGGAUGAGCAGGCAGCUGCCGGCAGCCAGCCGUGCCCCGAGCUGCCGGAGGAGCUGCGCGACCGGGGCCCGCCGCAGGCCGAGCCGGCCGGCAGCCCGGUGCCCGCCGCCGUGCUGAGCAGCAUCAGCGAGGACUGCCGGGAGCAGUUCGCCAACAGCGUGCUGCAGCUGCGGGAGCACGACGAGCCCGAGCCCAGCGGCCCACCCGGGCCCCGCGGCGCCGGGGAGGGGGACGGCGGCGGCGGCGGCGGGGACGGGGACGUCAAGGUGCAGUUCAACAGGGCGGGCGGCGGCGGCUUCUUGGAGGGGCUCUUCGGCUGCCUGCGGCCCGUGUGGAACAUCAUCGGCAAGGCUUACUCCACGGACUACAAGCUGCAGCAGCAAGACACCUGGGAGGUGCCCUUCGAGGAGAUCUCGGAGCUGCAGUGGCUGGGCAGUGGGGCACAGGGAGCUGUCUUCCUGGGCAAGUUCCGGGCCGAGGAGGUGGCCAUCAAGAAAGUGAGAGACCAGAACGAAACAGACAUCAAGCACCUGAGGAAGCUGAAGCACCCCAACAUCAUUGCCUUCAAGGGAGUCUGCACCCAGGCCCCGUGCUACUGCAUCAUCAUGGAGUACUGUGCACAUGGGCAGCUCUACGAGGUGCUGCGGGCCGGCCGCAAGGUCACCCCCCGGCUGCUGGUGGACUGGUCCACAGGCAUCGCCAGCGGCAUGAACUACCUGCACCUGCACAAGAUCAUCCACAGAGACCUCAAGUCACCAAAUGUUUUAGUUACACACACAGAUGCGGUGAAAAUCUCAGAUUUUGGUACAUCUAAGGAGCUGAGUGAUAAAAGUACCAAAAUGUCCUUCGCGGGCACUGUGGCGUGGAUGGCCCCGGAGGUGAUCCGCAAUGAGCCUGUCUCGGAGAAGGUGGACAUCUGGUCGUUUGGGGUAGUUUUGUGGGAGCUGCUUACAGGAGAGAUUCCCUACAAGGAUGUGGACUCUUCAGCCAUCAUUUGGGGAGUGGGCAGUAACAGCCUGCACCUUCCUGUCCCUUCCACCUGCCCAGAUGGCUUCAAAAUCCUCAUGAAGCAGACCUGGCAGAGCAAGCCCCGGAACCGUCCCUCCUUCCGACAGACGCUGAUGCACCUGGACAUUGCAUCUGCCGACGUGCUGGCCACUCCUCAGGAGACGUACUUCAAAUCACAGGCCGAGUGGAGAGAAGAAGUGAAGAAGCACUUUGAGAAAAUCAAGAGCGAGGGGACCUGCAUCCACCGGCUGGACGAGGAGCUGAUCCGCCGCCGCCGGGAGGAGCUCAGACAUGCGCUGGACAUCCGCGAGCACUAUGAGAGGAAGCUAGAGCGAGCCAACAACCUCUACAUGGAGCUCAGUGCCAUCAUGCUGCAGCUGGAGGUCCGGGAGAAGGAGCUCAUCAAGAGGGAGCAAGCAGUGGAAAAGAAAUACCCUGGGACUUACAAACGACACCCAGUCAGACCAAUAAUCCACCCCAACACCGUGGAGAAGCUGAUGAAGAGGAAAGGAGUCUCCCACAAACCAGGCAGCCAGGCUAAACGGCCGGACCUGCUCAAGUCGGAGGGCAUCCCCAGCACGGAGGCGGCAUCCAACGGCUCCCCGGCCUCGGGAAGCCCCAAGAUGUCGGCGCUGAGCGGCAAGAGUCGCUACCGCAGCAAGCCGCGGCACCGCCGGGGCAACAGCAAAGGCAGCUCCAGCGACUUCCCUGGCAUCCUGAAGAGCCAGCCCGCGCAGGACGAAGCGGCCCCUGCCGCCCCGCACCACCUCCCGCAGCAGGCAGGCCUGCCGCCGCAGCCCGGGCACGGGCAGGACAUCGCCAGCUGCGCCAACAACCUGCGCUACUUCGGCCCCGCGGCCGCGCUGCGCAGCCCGCUCGGCAACCAGGCACAGCGCCGCAUGGCCGGCUCCAGCCCCGACCUCAUCUCCGCCGCCGUGCAGGCCGACUGCCGCCGCAGCCUGCGGAGCCCGCCGGGCGCGGCCGAGCGCUGGCAGUGCUGCCAGCCGGACCCCUACGGCUCCUGCCUGCAGUGCGGGGAGGAGGAGGGCGGGCAGGGGCAGCUGCCAGCGGGCACAGCCCCGAGCCGCGCCCAGUCGCCAGCGCCCGCAGCCCUGUACGAGAGUGCGCAGCGCACGGAGCGGGUGGAGGAGCAGUCGGGCAGCUGCAACCCGGCCCCUGCCCUAGGCACUCCCCAGCACUUGGCUUCGUCAGUGCUGCCUUGCAAGGCGAGACCCCUUCAAAAGAGCGGCGAUGACUCUUCAGAAGAGGAGGAGGGUGAAGUCGACAGUGAAGUGGAGUUCCCUCGCAGGCAAAGACCUCACCGCUGCAUCAGCAGCUGCCAGUCCUACUCCACCUUCAGCUCGGAGAACUUCUCUGUGUCCGACGGAGAGGAGGGGAACACGAGCGACCACUCCAACAGCCCGGACGAGCUGGGCCCCAGGCUGGAGGGUGAGCUGGGCCCCAGGCUGGAGGAUGAGCUGGGCCCCAGGCUGGAGGACAUGCUGUCCCAGACCCCCGAGAUCCCCAUCGACAUCUGCAGCCAGUCGGACGGGCUGUCGGACAAGGAGUGUGCCGUGCGCAGGGUCAAGACGCAGAUGUCUCUGGGCAAGCUCUGCGCGGAGGAGCACAGCUGCGAGCCCCCAGGCCAGUUUGCAGACUCAGACUGUGACUCUUCUGAAGGGGACUGUUCCGAUGCCACCGUCAGGACCAACAAGCCCUGCAGCUCUGCUACUUGGUCACACUUUGCAGGAAGAGAAGCUGCUUCUCCUCCCCCCCCCAGGAGUGAUUUGCAAUAACCCGACUCUGGAAAAUGUCCAAAUGGAAUUAAUUCUCUUGGAGCAUUUCAAUCAAGAAUGGCAGGGAUGUAUUUUAUGGAAUAAUCUAGUUACUGUAACAUGGAUAUUUAUUUUUUUGACAUUUUAACACUUUUUACUGUAAAGAGUGGAUUGUAUUUAUAGACACAGACUUACUGCAAAAAACAAAAACAAAGAGCUCAGCAAGCAAGCACACGACAGAGAAAGGUUCUGGGGGCUGCCCGGGCUGCUGGGUGUGCAGGCACCGGGGGACUGCUGCUGCUGCUGCUUUCACAGGGGACCAGGCCUCAGGGCCCUCAGGCUGGAGAGCAGAUCACACAACCUAAACCACUCAGUCUUAGCAAAUGAGCAAGCCUAGAAAGAGACCUUCCCGUGGGUGACCUGUGGACAAAGCAGGCCCAGCUGGGGCCUUGGGGAUCAGCAGGUGGACACGUUCCUGAAGACAGCUGCUGCCGAGGUGCUAACAUCCAGAGGCUUCUGAGUGGAGACAUCCCCAGGAGUGUACCAGUGGGGCUUCUUGUCAGGAGUUUUCGUUUCUGGUUUUUGGGUUUUUUUAAUCAGCAUUUCGUUGUGAGAUCCUGCAGGUGAAUUCUGACCUCGUCCCCUCCAGACUGGUCCAAGAGCACUUGCUGACGUCGUCCACACUUCGCUCCGGCAGCGCCGGUCUCCAGCCCAGCAGAGCCUUGCAGAUGCAGUGUGCCAUUGCCCAGGCUGCUUCCUCUCCUUACCUCCCGUCUGCUUCAGCCCCUCAAGGAAAUCAGUCAGAUGAGUGCUGGGAAGCCUGAGUGGCAGCCCCUGGGCAGCACGGAGCUGGAGCUCAGGAAGGUGCAGAGCCUGAGCCUGGCUGUGCCUGAGCUGGGCUUGGGGAAGCAGCCCCGAGGGGGAGCAGCAGAGCUCCGUGUGGAGGUGGCAGGCUGGGGAUCAGCAGCCCGGAUCUGCCCUGCUCACUGUGUGUCCCUGAAGGCACUCAGGCUGCCCGGCAGGCUCUGUGCAGAGCAUGUCGCAGAGGGGUCCUGCUGGGGGCUGUGACACGGCUGUGGCUCAGCUGCACCCCGAGGCCUCUUUUCUCUUCCCAGCUGAAGUCCUGCAGGUGAAGGUGAGGAUGGAGCUGGUAGGUGAGAGGCCGAGAAGCUGUUUUCUGAUAGAACUCAUAGUGCCUUCCCUUCAAACACUACUUCUGAGUCACUACUGCAAGAACAAACCCAUGGAGCACGUGUCCCCCUCCCCUGUGCCCUUAGCUGGGUCCCUCUGCAGGAGCUCUCCCUCUGCCCUUCCUGGCGCGCUGUGCCAUGCCCGGGUGGCACAGGGGUGCAGCAGCCUGGGAUGAAGGGCAGCCAUGGACCAUGGCCAGGUACUUUCUGUUGCUGUUUGUUUACAUUUUGUGUUAAAAUGUUUGUUUGGAUUUACCUGUGGUAAUUUAUAGCCUGAUGGCACAAUGAAGGAAAAUGUCUUACUUAUGCAGAGAGCAGUAUUGAAGCAGUUAAAUUAUCCCAGAUUUUUAACUUUCUGUAGCUGGACUACAACAGAUCUUAAGUUAUGAUGUUAUUUUAUUAUUUAUUCUCAUUUCUGUAGAGCAGAAGGUUGGCUUCCCCUCCAGCACAGCUGUCACCUCUUUCUGUCACCUCCUCCCUGCCCCCGGGGGUGGCUGCAAGCAGAGCUGGUCUGGGCAGCUGUCAGGAGCUGCUGCCUCUCGUGAUUUCCAAGGGUGCUGUCACAGUAGGGCAGAGAAGCUGGCAGGGCUGGUCCAAGAAGGGUGGAUGAAGUCAGCCCCACGGGUUCCCGGUCCAUGCUGCAAGGCACUCCUGUUGCUGGUAGAGUUGGCAGCCCCCGAGCUGGUGGGGAGUGGUGCCGAGGCAGCGAGUGGCUUCUGAAUCCACCACGGAGUGAGUAACCCUCACAAGAUCCCCUGGCAGGAGCAUCCAGGACAAGCAGUGAGCAGGGCAGCAGGUACCAGAGCAGGAGUGGCCAGCAGUGGAUCUCCGUAGGGGAUCACCUGUGCAGGACCAAACGGGCUGCUGAGAGAAGGGAGGGACUGGACCACCCCUGCCGGCAGCAGCAAUAAUCAGCUCUGGGUGGAAGCAGAAAAUGCAGAGGGCAGCAGAGCUCUGCUUUGGCUUGCUCCUUGCUUCCUCUUCCCAUCUCCCGUUUCUCCUCCCACAUGUUCUCUGUCUCUUGGCCAGCAACAGGAGGUGGCAGGGCCAGGACUGACUUUGCUGCUGCGCUGUGAGAGGGGCUUUGAUGUGGAAGAGGUGAUGCAGGUCAGGGAGCUGGGCUGCAGGAGCUCAGCAGUGGAGAGCUGAGUGCGUGAGAGGCACACAGCAGGACCAAACAGUGGCAUAGAGAAGCUGAGAGCUGCCGUCAAAGUCCCCCAUAGCAGAAGAUGCCAGGCCUUAUGCCCCUUUAGGCACUGUGCCGUUUACUCUGGCAGAUGCCCACCGUGUGCCUGGGUUGGCUGCUGUCAGUUCCCCAGGGUUUUCUCCUUAGUGAAACCUACUCAGAACUGCACCUAGCUGUGGUCUCCACCUUGCCGGAUGGGCACCUCUGCUGCAGUUCCUCAUAGGGGCGAGGGGUUGCUGCUUCCACCUCGUAGUAGCAGUGCAGCUGCAGGACAGUAGCCCCUGGGCUCCCCUUCCAGCACCCUGCCUGCCCUGCUGCAGUUCUCACGGCUGCUGACAGCUCCUGACACUAGCCCAGACUCUUCUCCCACAGCUGAAUGUUGCCUUCCCCACUGUCGUGUCCAGUACCCGUCCCACCGUGGCUCUGCCCAGUGGUGUUCAUCUCCCCGCCCUGCUCUGCGCAUUCCUGACACAAACUUGAUUUUUGUAUGCCCAGUGUACAGUGGUGGGAACAAGAAUGACUAUCAAAGCAAACAAUGCAUGGAAUAAAGAGCCAGUGUACUUCAA